GUACCUGACAUAUGAUUGUAAGAAAAGGACAAACUAAACAGAGGUUAUUUCAAUCUGGAGAGUCCAUUCAAAAGAAAGGAAUUAAACUUCCUACGAAUUACUCUAGGUUCCAAACGUUUUCAAGGAAGGUGUUGCUGCUUCAGUACAUGUGACUGGAACAACACUAGGUAAUGGAGAGGUACAACAUGAUAUUGAGGAUCUACUUAACUUCAAACAUGUGAAGAGGAAGUGGGUCCGACCAGCCACCACUAUUGAUCAGUUUCUGGAUAACCAAUGGAUACACAAUGAACAUGAUAUUCAUGAUCUACCAAAUUGCAAUCAGGUAAAGAGAAAGUCGGUCAUACCAACUAAUAGUCUUGAUCAACUUCAGAAAAAUCAAGGGAUACGCAUAGAUGAUGAAACAAAACGUGAUAACCACACAAUAGUUGAUGUCGAAUUUAUGCAUGCUCCUAUAAUUAAUGAACACAACAAAGGAUUGAAUGAUUUUGUCGAUCAAGAAGAACUCGGUGGAGAUAAAUGUGAUGUAGAAGAGGAAAUUGCCAUUGAUUGUAUUACAAAAGAAAUAUCGAAGCCAAAAAAAGUUCGAGGACAAAUAGCAUUUAAGGAUAUUCAUGCAAGAAAUUUGGAAGAAAGAAAGGAGGUGACAUUUGAUAAAGGACAAGCAGUGGGACCAACUAAUAAGAUAGUGUCAGAAUUAAGCAAAUUUAUAGGAACAAUUGCAAGGAAUCCUAGAUUCAUCAGCUUGAUGUACACUAGUUGGCAUGCGGUGCCAAAUGAUACUAAAAAGCGCAUGUGGGAAUAUAUCAAUUCCAAAUUUCUACUUCCAGUAGAAGGAAAGAAGUGGGUGAUGACUGGUCUUCGUGAUGCUUGGAGGCGACACAAGCAAAAUAUUAAAGAGAUUUUUUUUGAUAAAAACAGUACCCUUGAAGAUAUGCUAGCAAAACGUCCUGAUGGCAUUCCAGAUAAUCAAUUCUGCCUGCUGAUCUAGUAUUGGAAG